AUGAAUGCCAUGCCGAUCAUACCGGACUCCCACCGGUCACGCGCACAAAAAAAGCGCCAUGGACCGGAGCAAGAGCUUACUUUGGAUUCACGUCGGUUGUGGAGUGUCGCCGCUCUUGCAGUGCUGGCGGUUGCUGCUCCUUCUCGUCCGGUUCCUAGAGAUGUGUCGGCCAGUGUGCUUAGCCAGUUAAGUUUGUUCGCUCAGUAUUCUGCGGCAUCAUACUGCGCGAACAAUAUCAAUUCAACUGGUAAUGCGCUCUCUUGCGAGGAAGGCAACUGUCCCUCUGUGCAGUCUGCGGAUACAACAACUCUGUGGGAGUUUGACCGGACCUGCUCCUACGGCAAUGUCGCUGGCUUUCUUGCCGUUGAUAAGACGAAUAAACUCCUGGUCGUUUCAUUCCGGGGCAGUCGGUCCAUUAGUAACUGGAUUGCCAACAUCAAUUUCGGCUUGACCGAUGCCACUUCUCUGUGCAGCGGCUGCAAAGCCCACUCCGGAUUCCUAGAAGCUUGGGAGACUGUUGCAACUGAUCUGGCAACUAAGAUCACGUCCGCGCAGUCCACAUACUCUGGCUAUACGCUUGUUCUGACAGGGCACAGUUUUGGUGGAGCCGUUGCUGCACUAGGAGGCACCGCGUUGAUUAAUGGAGGAUCAACCCUCAAGAUAUAUACCUACGGCCAGCCCCGAGUCGGGAACGUUGCAUUGGCUACAUACAUCACCAGCCAAGCUAGUCUUUGGCGAGUGACACACACAGAUGAUAUCGUGCCUAAGCUGCCACCUUCAAGCUUUGGAUUUAGCCACCCAAGCCCCGAGUACUGGAUUACUAGCGGCAACGUGGCUACGGUUACCUCGUCCGAUAUCGAGGUGAUUGAAGGUGUAGGCUCCAAGUCCGGCAAUGCUGGAACAUUGAGCCCGGAUGUUGAAGCCCAUAACUGGUACUUGGGAAAUAUUGAUGCAUGUGAUUAG